UACUCAAGGGGAAGGGAAGAAAGUGUCAGUGCUAUUAAGAUUCCCUUCCGUUCCAUGACUGGGCUCAUAAGUCCUGUGCUCACCGACAGUGUCUGCAGCUACAAGACUUAUCAGAAGGAUGUUGAUUCCCAGAUUAACCCUAGCAGCUGUUGCGCUCUCCAUCCUCGUAUCUCGAUGUUCAACCGCCAACGACGGUCAAUUUUCACUCAUCAAUAAAGCCACUGGUCUCUGUUUGUUAAAAAAGUUGAACCGUUGCCUGGAAAUUCGUUGGACGACCGGCAACAGACUUUUUACCGUCAUAACCAAGAAGUGCCUGGGAGCACAGGGCAAAAGUGUGGGCAGUGAGGUGAACCUGUACGACUGUGAUGACAAGAGUGACCUUCAAAAGUGGGAAUGUAGAAAUGGAACACUCCUUGCUCUGAAAGGCAGAUCCCUCUACAUCGAGGUCAAAUCAGACGAAUCCAUCGCUCUCUCCAAAACCAUUGGCCCAAACAACGAACUCACCAUCGCAGGGACUACCAGUGGUGCUUGCACAAGAACUCACAGAGAGCUUUACACCCUUCAAGGAAAUGCAUUUGGAAAACUCUGCAUGUUCCCCUUCUUUUACAAAGACCGCUGGUUCGGAGAUUGUACCACAUUUGACUCAUCACAAAAACAACAGUGGUGCGCAGUUGAAACAAAGUAUGAACAUGAAAUUUGGGGAUAUUGCCCGACCUCCUCAAAAGAACACUGGGCCAACAAUCCAAUCACAGGAGCUUAUUACCAAGUCAACACACAGUCCGUUCUGACAUGGUCCCAGGCUGAGACCAGCUGCAAACAGCAGGACUCCAACCUGGUCAGUUUUGUUGAUCCCAAUGAGCAGGCCUUCAUCUCAGCGCUGAUUGGAUCUGCUAAAUACAAACUUUGGAUUGGUCUGGUCCUGGACCCAGAUCGUGGCUGGAUGUGGUCCAACGGGCGGCCGUUCCGUUACCUGCGAUGGCAUUCUGGAAAUCCACUUCCUAACCCGGGACACAACUGUGCGUUUCUUGACAAUACUGGUUUGCAAUCAUGGCAAACUUCAUCCUGCAGCAAAAAAAUGGGCUACGUCUGCUACAAGGGAGGAGCGCCGCCCACUCCACCACAAAUUGAGCAGGGAUUUUGCGCAACGCCGUGGAUUCCCUACAAUGGCCACUGCUUCCACCUUCAUCGUACUCUCCAAACAUGGACUGACGCUCAGAAAGAAUGUCGCAAAGAAGAAGGAGACUUAGUGAGCAUCCACAACAUAGAAGAACAAAGCUUUGUCAUCUCUCAGCUCGGAUAUGCCUCCACUGAUGAACUUUGGAUUGGACUGAAUGACAGAACAACAGAGGGUCUGUUUGACUGGAGUGACCACUCCACUGUCAGCUUCAUCACCUGGGAUAAUGGAGAACCUGAUGCGGCCACCGGCACAGAAGACUGUGUUCUCAUCAGGGGCCAGGAUGGAAACUGGGCUGACCGCUCAUGUGAUGAGAAACAUGGCUUUAUCUGUAUGAAGCAGAGCAGCACUGAGCGCACAGGAGACGAAGUAGACCUGAAUGUCGGCUGCAAACCAGGUUGGAAGAGACAUGGAUCCUACUGCUACCUUGUGGCAUCUCACACAAAGACCUUUGAUGAAGCCAAAGACGACUGCAAGCAGUCAGGCUCCUACUUAGCGGAUGUGUCCAAUGGGGUAGACAACGCCUUUCUUGUCAGCUUAGUGGGGCUCAGACCAGAGAAGCAUUUCUGGCUCGGACUCUCAAACCAGAAAAACAUCGAUCAGUUUGUGUGGACCAACACAGAUUCAGUGAGCUUCACACACUGGAACGCUGAGAUGCCAGGUUACAAUCAGGGAUGUGUUGCCAUGACUACUGGAGUGUUGGCUGGACUCUGGGAUCUGCUGCCCUGCACCAAUCAGGAAAAAUACAUCUGCAAACACCUGGCAGAGGGCGCUGUGCUAACUGUCCCUCCACCCACUCAAAGUCCUCCAAAGUGUGCAGAGGGCUGGAAUCCAGUGACAUCAAGACCCUUCUGCAGCAAGUUUUUUACAGGACCUCGCUCAUUUGAGAAGACGUGGUUCGAGGCCAGAGAUUAUUGUCGGGCCAUUGGAGGAGAUCUGCUCAGCAUCCACAACCAAGUUGAUCUACGGGUGGGACGUUACGGAAAAGCAUGGAUCGGACUUCACAUUCCUGACACAAGCACUGGUUAUGCAUGGAGUGAUGGAUCACCGGUAAACUUCCAACAUUGGCAAGAAGGAGAACCAAACAACCUCAAUGAUGAUGAAUCUUGUGUAGAAUUCACAAUAUACAACUGGGACGACCCUGGGUCUUGGAACGAUGCAAACUGUGAGGGUUACAAUGACUGGCUGUGUCAGAUACGAGCAGGAGUGACUCCAAAAUCUCCUCCAAAUGACACUACUGUGGAUUAUAACACCACUGCAGAUGGUUGGCUUGAGUGGAGAGGCAGUCAGUAUUUCUUUAGUCCUACAUCAAUGGCCAUGGAAGAGGCCCGUCACGUCUGUCAGAGGAAUCAUGGAGACUUGGUUUCUAUCAGCACCAAAGACGAAAAUACCUUCCUCUGGAAACAGAUUUCCCGAAAAUAUGGGCAAUAUUACAUAGGUUUAUCAAUAGAUCUGGACGGGUCUUAUUGGUGGAUGGACGGCUCCUCUCUGGCACUACAAAGAUGGGAUCAAAACCAACCUGAUCCAAAUGCUUUCAAUGAGAACUGCGCCGCCAUGACUUCUCACAUGGGCUUCUGGCGAUCUAGCAACUGCGGUUCAGAACUAAAGUUUAUUUGCAAGCGUGGACUGUCAUCACCUGUUAACACCACUGCACCGCCCCCACCACCUCCUAAGGGAGGUUGCCCGCUAACGUGGAAAAUGUUUGACUAUAAGUGUUACAGCGUCAACAUUGCUCGUAAGAUCACCUGGGACGAAGCAAGGAGACAGUGCAUUAGCAUAGGAGGAAAUUUAGUCUCUAUUGUCUCCAGACGUAUACAAGCAUACUUGAUAUCCAUAAUGAUGCAAGCAACAAGUACUGACCUGUGGAUAGGUUUGAACAGUCUAAAUCAAGGUGGAUUUUACUGGGUUGAUGGAAAACCAAGGCGAUACACCAACUGGGGCAUUGGGAAAUAUCGCCAUCGCCCUGGAAUAUUUUAUCGAAUGUGGAAUGAGGAAGACUGUGUCGUGAUGACCAGCAGCCAUUCCGUUGGAAUCGGAAAAUGGAUGUCAAGGUCCUGCAAUGACACCAAUGGAUAUAUCUGCACCCGGAAUGUUGACCCAAGUUUUCCAGUUCAACCAAAUCCAAUAGUUCCAAACAUUUAUGCAUAUCUUGGCAACGACAGCAUUAAGGCUGUGACUAAAAAUCUGAGCUGGGACGAGGCCCAAAAACAAUGUAAAGGUGAUAAAGCCAAUCUGAUCAAUCUGCGAAAUGAAUGGACACAGGCUUAUGUAGAGCUGCUGGCUUCAACUUUCAUGGCUCCACUGUGGAUUGGACUGAACAAGAAGCAGACCAAUGGGUUUUUUAGGUUUAUUGACGGCUGGUCCAUGACCUUUGCUAACUGGGCUCCAGGUGAACCAAGCACAGACCGCCCUUGUGUUUACGUAGAUGUAGACGGAAGUUGGAAGACUGCCUUCUGUAACGAGACCAUGAACAGUGCUUGUUUGCAAUCUUCAGAUGUGGCACCAACAGAAUCAGCCUCCUUCCCUGGUGUUUGCCCUGAGGACAGUGUUUGGUUACUGCAGAGUCUCACCUGGCUGCCACUUAAGGGUUAUUGUUAUUUGUUUGUAAUGGAGCAAACUGAAUGGUCCAGUGCUGCCAGCGGUUGUAUACAGCACGGUGGAAGCCUGGCGAGUAUAGAAAACCCUGAAGAGCAAGAGUUCCUCCAAAACAAUGUGAACAAAUUUGCCGACACCUUCACCUCGUUCUGGAUUGGACUGUACAAAACACAUAAAGGGACAUGGUUGUGGUUGGACAAAGCAGUCAUGGACUACACCAACUGGGCUGAAUAUGAGCCUGAUUCAGAAUUUGGAGGCAUCAGAACCAAUGAUGGUCUUUGGUCGUCAGGGCAAAAGUGGGAUGGAAGACCCUACAUCUGUAAAACAGCUAAGGUAUUGCGAGAAGUUUUAGACACAAAUUCUGAACCACGUAAGGGCCUGGAUCCUCACAGUCGGGUCCACACCAGUUUGGUAGUUGUCCUGGUUAUUAUUGCCACUUCUUCGCUGUUUGCUGGUGCAUUUCUCUUCUACAAGAAGUCCCCGCGCAUCAUGCCGACCUUUGACAAUCCGCUCUACUUUGAUAGUGAACGAUCUCAGCCUGAUGUGGUGGACACCAAUAAACUGAUAGAGAAUGCAGAAGAAGCAGAACCUGAGCCGAUUGUAGCUCUGUGAAGUUUGAAGUAGCACUAUACUGAAUCCCAGAUUGCUGUGUGACGUUUAGGUGCCUCAUUUAUGUGCCUUCUACAUAUGUUUUUUAUUAACUAUUUUACUUACUACUGUCUAUACUAGUUAUUUAACUGUGUAUCAGUUAUGUGGGUUUCAAUGGUGAUGGCAUUGCCUAACCUAAUGGAACAGAAUUUAGGCUCUAGGAUGUCUCCAUGAUUAUCAUUAUAUAUAUAUAUAUACAUA